AUGAACGUACGGGAGCUCCUGAAAGCAUCGGCGGCUGCGAAGAACCUGAGGCUCGGCAAAACCAUCCACGCUCACCUCAUCGUCUCCAACCAAAUCUCUCAAAACCGCGUCAUCGAGAAAAACUGUCUCUUAAAUCUCUACUCAAAAUGCGGCGAUAUCUCCAGCGCCCGCAACUUGUUCGACAGAAUGCGCAAGAAGAACGUCGUCUCGUGGUGCGCUGUAAUGUCCGGCUAUUUGCACCUUGGCUGCACUUUACAGGUCAUACAAAUGUGUAGAGACAUGCUUACAGUGGAUAAAUUGCGCCCAAACGAGUACACCCUGUCGAUGGUCCUCUCCUCGUGUUCCAACUGCGGGCUUCUGGAAGAGGGCCUGCAGUGCCACGGGUUCGGGCUGAAAUCCGCAUUGAUUUACUAUCCACACGUGAAGAACGCGCUCGUGUACAUGUACUCGAUGAGUGGAGAUGUGGAAGGGGCUAUGCGGGCUCUGGAUAAUGACCCAGCAUCCGAUAUCUGCACGUACAACUCGGUAUUAAGUGGGAUUUUAGUCCAAACGGAUUUAACACUAGCUUGGUGCGUUUUGCAAAGGAUGGCGUCUGAGUGUAAGUAUGACAAGUGGGACGCCGUCACAUGCAUGAACACCUUGGCAGUCUGUAGCCGCGUUAAAGAUCAGAUUUUGGGAAGGCAGGUUCACGGCAGAGUAGUGAAAACGGGCUUGGAUCGUGAUUUGUUUGUGGGUAGUGCUACGGUAGACAUGUACGGGAAAUGUGGCGAAAUUCCCUCCAUGAGAGAUGCUUUUGAUGGGCUGAGAACGAAAAACGAGGUCACGUGGACUGCAGUUCUGACCGCCUACUCUCAAAAUGAAUUUUACGAAGAUGCCCUCAGAUUAUUUCUGGAAAUGGACGUCGCCUGCAGUGUUGUCCCAAAUGAGUGCACGUACUCUGUGGUUCUCAACUCAUGUGCUGGGAUAUCGGCUAUCGGGUUUGGCAACUCGCUGCAUGCGCGUGUCGUGAAAAUCGGGAUGAAAAACCACGUUGUUGUUGGUAAUGCUUUGAUCCACAUGUGCUCCAGGUGCGGCCUUAUUGAGGAUGCACGGGACGUAUUUACAGAAAUGCCCGACAAAGACGUUGUGUCAUGGAAUUUAAUGAUAAGCGGCUUCUCGUACCACGGGCUUGGUGGGGCCGCCCUGGACACAUUCGCAAACAUGUUGGUGGCAAAGCAGCAGCCAAGCUACGUGACCUUUGUCGGAGUUUUGUCCGCGUGCGCCUUCUUGGGCCGCGUUGACGAGGGUUUUCACUAUUUGAAUAGCAUGAUGGCCCGAUUUGGAGUUGAACCUGGAUUAGAGCACUACACGUGCAUGGUCGGGCUUCUGGGUCGGGCUGGGAGGCUGGAUGACGCUGAGGGCUUCAUGCGGUCAAGCCCGGUCAAGUGGGACGUGGUAGCCUGGCGGACCCUUCUGAACGCGUGCCACAUCCACAAAAAUUACGCGCUCGGCAAACGGGUCGCGAGAAUCGUGCUCGGCAUGAACCCUAACGACGUGGGUACUUGCAUACUUAUGUCCAACAUGCACGCGCGGGCUAGAAGAUGGGAUGAAGCCGCGCGCGUGCGGAAAUUAAUGAAAGAGGGCAGUUUGAAGAAGGAGCCUGGGCUGAGCUGGACGGAAAUAAAGGAUGAGACGCACGUUUUCGUCUCGGACGAUAACGAGCACACAGAGUCAGCCCAAAUUCGCGAAAAGGUGAGGGAAUUAAUGUCAGGAAUUAGAGAAAUGGGAUACAUUCCGGAUGUUUCUUUUUCGGAACUUCAUGACGUUGAGGAGGAGCAGAAGGAAGAUCAGCUUAGCUACCACAGUGAGAAGCUGGCCAUAGCAUAUGCCUUCAUAAGGACGCCUCAGGGGGCGACCAUUCGGGUCACCAAGAAUCUGAGGAUGUGUGAGGAUUGUCACUCAGCAGCUAAGUUCAUUUCGAAGCUAGUGAGUCGACGGAUUGUUGUGAGGGAUGUUAACCGGUUUCAUAGUUUUAGCAACGGGCGUUGCUCGUGUGACGAUUAUUGGUGA